AUGUCGAACUUAACUACUCCAGCCGUUGUCAUGGACAAUGGUACUGGGUUGACUAAAUUAGGUUUUGCUGGUAAUGAUUCCCCUUCAUUUGUUUUCCCGACUGCAAUUGCAAGUCGUACAAGUGCCUCAGGUGGAUCAUCAGGAAGUUCAGGUGCAAGUGGACAUCUCCAAUCUAAAAGAGGUACUGAAGAUUUAGAUUUUUACAUUGGUGAUGAAGCUUUAGAAGCUGCUAAUGGUCAAGCUUACUCAUUAUCAUAUCCUAUUAAACAUGGUCAAAUUGAAAAUUGGGAUCAUAUGGAGAGAUAUUGGGAAAAUUCUAUAUUCAAAUAUCUAAGAUGUGAACCAGAAGAUCAUUAUUUCCUUUUAACUGAACCUCCAUUAAAUGCACCAGAAAACAGAGAAAACACAGCUGAGAUUAUGUUUGAAUCUUUCAAUUGUGCUGGGUUAUAUAUUGCUGUUCAAGCUGUUUUGGCAUUAGCUGCAUCAUGGACAUCUUCAAAAGUUACUGAUAGAUCAUUGACUGGUACCGUUAUUGAUUCAGGUGAUGGUGUUACUCAUGUUAUUCCAGUUGCUGAAGGUUAUGUCAUUGGCUCUGCUAUUAAAAAUAUUCCAAUUGCAGGUCGUGAUAUAACAUUGUUCAUUCAAUCUCUUUUAAGAGACCGUGGUGAAGCUGAUACUUCGUUACGUACUGCAGAAAAGAUCAAACAAGAAUUUUGUUAUGUUUGUCCAGAUAUUGUUAAAGAAUUCAAUAAAUUUGACAGAGAACCUGAAAAAUUUGCACAAUAUAUAGUGGAAACUACAAGAGCUAACAAGACAGUUGAUGUUGGAUAUGAAAGAUUUUUAGCCCCAGAGAUUUUUUUCAAUCCAGAGAUUGCUUCUUCAGAUUUCUUGACACCAUUACCAACCGUUGUGGACCAAGUUAUCCAAGCUGCUCCAAUAGAUGUUAGAAAAGGUUUAUACCGUAACAUUGUGUUGAGUGGUGGUUCUACAAUGUUUAAAGAUUUUGGCCGUCGUUUACAAAGAGAUUUAAAAUCUAUAGUGAAUGAAAGAAUUGCAGUUUCUGAAACGUUAAGUCAUGGUACAAAAUCAAGUGGUGUUGAUGUUGAGGUUAUUUCUCAUAGAAGACAGCGGAAUGCUGUUUGGUUUGGUGGUUCAUUAUUGGCCCAAACUAGUGAAUUCAACUCUUAUUGUCAUACAAAACAAGAUUAUGAUGAAUAUGGACCAAGUAUCGUUCGUAACUUUUCAUUAUUCAAUGUACCAUAA